GUGCGGGCGCGGCGCUGCCUCCCUCGCUCAGCCCGCCCGCCGCGCUGCGGGGCCAUGGCCGCUCGUUCCCUGCGGCGCUUCGGGACCGUCCUCCCCCUCGGCGGCAGAGCAUCCCCAUGUGUUUUCAGCACUGCAGCUCAGCAGAGAAGUCCAGGAGAUGAGUGUGGCCCAGAAGAUCCCCGUGAUGAGCCCAAGCAUCCCCUUUCUGACUGUGCUUCAGAGCACAAAGCCAUCAAAUUGGAAGAACAAGUCCGGGAUUUAACUGAGCGAUACCGGAGAGCCCUGGCAGACUCUGAGAACGUCCGGAGGAGGACACAGAAGUUUGUGGAAGAUGCCAAGCUCUUUGGGAUCCAGAGUUUCUGCAGGGACCUUGUGGAGGUAGCAGAUAUCUUGGAGAAGACUGCUGAGAAUGCUGCAGAAGAAGUGGAGCCGAGUAAUCCAAAUCCAACCCUGAAGAAAAUCUAUGAAGGCCUCUCUCUCAUAGAGGCCAAAUUGCAGAGUGUGUUUGCCAAACAUGGCCUCCAGAAGAUGAACCCUGUUGGUGGUAGAUAUGAUCCGUAUGACCAUGAAAUAGUCUGCCAUGUGCCAGCUGAGGGCCUGCAGCCAGGCACGAUAGCUCUGGUGACUCAGGAUGGCUAUAAACUCCACGGUCGCACUAUCAGACACGCGCUGGUCGGCGUGGCAGUAGAGUCACAGGAAUGACAUGGGCUUACCCCUUGGCAUCUGGGACCUUCCUGAGCUGAGACCCCUCAGCACUCAGUCACAGCUGCAGCUGCAUGUCUUAUUUAUUAAGCUAGGUUUGUAUUGUAUGUUGGCUUCUUUAUAAUGUGUGCAGUCAUUUUGCCUUUAAUUCUAAGGUACUUGUAUAUUUAAUAAUCCUUUUUGGAAUAUGUGGAAUAGUACUAAGAGUCCUGCUACUUGUCAGAAAAGUGGCACUGUAGCCCCUUUCUCCAUUGCUUAUUUCUCCAUUAAGACAUGUAUGGGGAAGAGGGGAGAUAUGGGAGAGAAUGGGAAGUUCUCUGAGAUCUAAGGAAUCUUGUCUCCCGGUUCCAUCUCUGAGACAGGCUCCUGCUUUCGCCUUCAGAAAACUAACUUCUCUGCCUCAGUUUCCAUAUCUGUGUUAAGGGAAUAUAAUAAUACUGACCUACCUCACAAGGAUGUGAUGAGGCUUUUUCUUUGCAAAGCACUCGGAAGAGGAAAAGCCCAAAGGGCUGAGUAUUAUUAUUAGUCUGGUUUUGGUGUCUUCCCUUGUCCCCAGGCCUCUCAGGUGGGGAUGAAGAUGAUAACUUGAAAUGAAAUUUUGGAGCAGCUUUUUUCUUACAUGCAGGAAAACAAUCCCAAAUUAAUGAAAUCUGUCAUACUACAGUUGAAUAGGGAUGAGGUUUUACAGAGAAUUCAGUUGUUAGGCAGACUUUAAACUGUUAAUAUUUGUUCUCCAGGUAAAACUUCAGCUUGGUUCCUUGUUCUUAAAGGUAAACCAGGGAGUAGUGGUUGUUGGUGGAGCCAGAAAACGGUUCUCAAAUCUCUUUCUCCAACCAAAAACUAUUUUAGAGGAGAGUGAUCUCCUUCCCUGAUGGGUAUUUGUGCAGCUCUCAAGCAUGAUAAACUAUAUACUCUUUGUUGUAGCUGCUGGCAAAAUGGAGAUGUGCCCUUAAGCAGGAAAUCUGGACUGUUGUAUUUUCUCAGCUCUCCAAUAAUGGUACUCAGAUUCUAACACUGACUUCCAGUUCACAUUCAGAUUCUACUUUUAUGUGGUCAUAGUAAAUAUUAAACCUUUUGGGUUUUGAUGCAAGGACAAAAAUCUUUUCUACUAAAAGUCUCAAGUGCCCUUGAACCAAUUUUAGCAGCGGUGACAAGAAAGCAAGAGAAGCAGAAGGCUGAGGAAGUGAAAGCUGACCUGGAGCCAUCCACUUAGUUGGAGGCAUGUUGUGGUCACAGCAUGGCAGAUGAGUUUCCCAGUGGUCCUUUUGCCUGGGAGUCCAUUUAUCUCAGCUGAAAGGAUGCAGUCACCCAGUAAGAUCAGAAUUUAACCCUUUGCAGAGCAGGAAGCAGCACAGUGACAGAAGAAUUCUAUAAACCAGCUUAUGGUCUGCACUACACAAACCCAAGGAAGGAAUGGUUGUUUUCAUGUUUCUUGCUGAUUUGUUAAUUCCUGCAUUUUUACUUUCUGAAAAUGGAUCCAUGACCUGACAAUUAAUGGAGAUCUACUUCCAAAAGCUCUUUACUUAUGGUGGAUGCCAUCACUGGUUUGGAAGAAAGCUUAUUCAUCUCCCAUUCCUUUUCAGGCUUCAGUUGCAUAACCUUUUUGUGGUGGACUUCAAGAUCACUGCAGCCUUCAAUUAGCAGCUAUCAACAGUCUUUCAUCUGGAGAGACUGUGUGCAGCUAGCUGGUUAUCAUUCCAGAAUUUUAAGGAAGAUGCACUUUUCUAAUACGCUCCAUGUGAGCUGCUUAUGUGACAGCUGCAUGUGGGUGACUGUCACAGAUACUUUUUGAAGUGCAGUUUUCUGCCUUUAAGUAGUUAGAUUUUUGGGCAGGUACUUGAGAAUUCAUCCCAGAAACAGUGCUUCAUGGCAGUAUUAGAUCACUUUGGACAAACCUCUUGUUCAGUGCUCUUGUUUUAUCAUAUUGUUGGAAAUUUCAGAUACACGGGAAUUCCUGUUCCUUGUUUUGCUGGUGUAUGUGCUGACUGGUCACCAGGUUAUGCUAUUCAAGACAACAGGUAAAAUACGAAGUGUGGCAAUGCAAGUCUUGCUGUGCUGCCUCAAGACUGUCUGCAGCUUGUUCUGAGGAAACUGUCUUCAGCUGGAAGGAGUGGUUGGGUUCUCUGCCUCUCAGCCCCUGCUGUAUCAGCUGAGUCUUUUUGCAAUAUGAGGGUAGAGCUGGUUAUGGAAACUGACUUUGAAUGUGAAACUUUAUUUAUAAAUAACUAAAGAAAGGCAUUUUAAGCAACAGGUUGUUUUCUGUCGUGGAAGGGCUGCAGCUUACCUGAGCUGGAUUUAAAAGUAGUGUGUGACCAGAAGUGGUGGGAUCCAGAUCCUUUUCAAACUGACCCACAGAGCCACUUGACUGAAAGUAUACUAUGGCUACUUGAUCCACUUUCAGACUGCCAGCUCUGCCUGUCUCAGCUAGUAUUCACCCAUUUUUGCCUUAAAUACCCUAAAUGCACUCCAGACCUUCUGUCUGUAAUAAGUUUAUUGAUUCAGCUCAUGUAUCUGGGAUCCACUUUCACUGAGGCACUGUUGUGCAGCUUCAGCAGGAAUCUGAAGGAUCCAGUUCCUGUGCAGUCUUUCUCACCUUCCCGCAGGCCCCAAGCUAUUUUCCCCACUCAUGCCCCAGUUUUUUUUCAAUCUAUGAAACUUCUACAGGAUCUUUUAUGCUGAUUGCUGUAAGAUGUACCCAUUGCUUAGAGACUCUUACGGAAGUUACCAAAGAGAUAAAUACUGUAGCUGUUGUUUGUCCUAGUUUCUGCUUCCUUUGAAUGAUGAAGUGAAAAUGAAAUAACCAAACCUGGAUUUCAUCACAGAAUCCAGAUUUCCUAGGCAAAAUGUGAUUCUCUUGCCUUUCAAGCACACUUAGUGAUCUUUUUUAUCGUGGAUGAGAUUGCAUAAGGGUGGAUUGAAUUUCUCCUUUGUAUGUUCUUGCUCCCUUGUCUGCCCUGUUUGUGUAAAGCUUGCACACUCAGCAUGGUGGGGCAGAGUCCCCGUUGGUGCAGUUCCUUUGUACUCUCCAGAGUUACACCAGAGAGGAGACUGACCCACGGGCUUUUUCUCUCCAGUCACUUUAUUCAGUGACUGUUUAACAAAACACAGGAGCAGGUUAGCAGGGAUUGGAGCAGCAGAGGAGAGGAAGUGUCACAUACCUCUUAGUCAUUUCCACUCCAUUUGCCCAGCCAGCUGAAGAGCUUGAGCUGGGAAUGCAGACGAGUCAGUACGAUGUGCAUGCGAUGGCAAUGUGUGGAUCAGGAUUUCUGCUCCAGGGAGGUGGGCAGCCCUGCUGUAUGUGGGCAUUUGCCUUGUCUGUGAUCUUGCUGUACCCUGUCAGUGGGGUGUAUUUGAGUUGAACUCUCCAGUGGCACUGCCUCAUGAGCAUGGCAGUGUCUUAACUCUGACCAGGAGCAGCGCAGAAUGUGAAUGUUGCUUUGUAGACCUUAAUUUCGCAGUGCUUCAUCAGCAGAGCUUCUGUUGAAAGAGACAGCUGUGAUAAAUCAAUAGCUAUUAACAGUCCUUUAAUUUUUAAACAAAUGUAUUUAAGUUUUUUGUAUGUGAAUAUUGUGGGUUUGUUUUUUUUUUAUUUUAAAACUUGAGAUGUUUUGAUAUUACUUGCAAAGUCAAAUGAACAAAGCGUUGCUAAUCUCCAAAAAUGUAAGUCCAUUGAGUUGGUGGAAAGCCUGUAUAUGUUGUAAUUUUUUUGUGUUUCUGUGCUCUUUGUUUACCCAAAGGCUCUGGCUGUAUGACAAAGACUGAAGUGUGGGAGUGGUGCAAGUAAUUGACAACGACAUUUGAGUUAAUGUUGGAAAGGGCUGAUUUCCUAUAGAUGUCCAGAUCUGUCAAUUUGGUAAUUAAAAAAAAAAAAAAGAAA